UCAGUUGAAACUGCUCUUUCGUCUCAUCGGUGUGAGUGCUCUCAGCCUUCACGAGAUCCCGGGCUUUCCUCCAGCUGUUGGAGGAAAGAAAAGAAAAGGAAGAGCUUUUCUUUUGAAAUCCCUUCGCAUAAGCAGCAGCUAACAAUUUUGGGGGGACAUCUUAUUGAAAAUUUAGUGGAGAAUUGAAGCGUGAAAUACUUUUAUUGCAAAGGAUUCUUUGAUUGGGGGCUUUGUUUUCCCCCCUCGUUUUUAAUUCUUAAGCCGACCCAGCCGGAUCAUGGUGAUGUUCAAGAAGAUCAAGUCUUUCGAGGUGGUCUUUAACGACCCUGAAAAGGUGUACGGCAGUGGGGAGAAGGUGGCCGGCCGGGUGACAGUGGAGGUGUGUGAAGUCACUCGAGUCAAAGCUGUGAGGAUCCUGGCUUGCGGAGUGGCCAAAGUCCUGUGGAUACAGGGAUCCCAGCAGUGCAAACAGACGUUGGACUACCUGCGCUACGAAGACACGCUGCUCCUGGACGACCAACCAACAGGUGAGAAUGAGAUGGUGAUCAUGAGACCUGGAAACAAAUAUGAAUACAAGUUUGGCUUUGAGCUUCCUCAGGGGCCUCUGGGAACAUCUUUCAAAGGAAAAUAUGGGUGUGUAGACUACUGGGUGAAGGCUUUUAUUGAUCGUCCCAGCCAGCCAACUCAGGAGACAAAGAAACACUUUGAAGUGAUGGAUCUAGUGGAUGUCAAUACUCCUGAUUUAAUGGCACCUGUGUCUGCUAAAAAGGAGAAGAAAGUUUCCUGCAUGUUUAUUCCUGAUGGGCAGGUGUCUGUCUCUGCCCGAAUAGACAGAAAAGGAUUCUGUGAAGGUGAUGAGAUUAACAUCCAUGCUGACUUUGAGAAUACCAGUUCCCGCAUUGUGGUCCCCAAAGCUGCCAUUGUAGCCCGCCACACUUACCUUGCCAAUGGCCAAACCAAGGUGCUGACGCAGAAGUUGUCAUCGGUCAGAGGCAAUCAUAUUAUCUCAGGAACCUGUGCAUCAUGGCGUGGCAAGAGCCUUCGAGUGCAGAAGAUCAGGCCUUCUAUCUUGGGCUGCAAUAUCCUUCGAGUUGAAUACUCCUUACUGAUCUAUGUUAGCGUCCCUGGCUCCAAGAAAGUCAUUCUUGAUCUGCCCCUGGUAAUUGGCAGCAGGUCAGGGCUCAGUAGCCGGACUUCCAGCAUGGCCAGCCGAACCAGCUCUGAGAUGAGUUGGGUGGAUCUAAACAUCCCUGAUACCCCAGAAGCUCCUCCUUGCUAUAUGGAUAUCAUUCCUGAAGAUCACCGAUUGGAGAGCCCCACUACUCCUCUGCUAGAUGACACAGAUGGUUCUCAAGACAGCCCUAUUUUUAUGUAUGCUCCUGAGUUCCAGUUCAUGCCACCACCUACUUAUACUGAGGUGAGAAUUGUCAUUUUACCACUACAUUUGUUCAAAGCCUUUGAUAGGAAGUUGACAUUGGAGACAUAGCUAACCUGGGUUGUUCCCCCCUUUUAGUUCUUACCCAAACUAAAAUGUUCAUUUCUUUCUCCCUCCCAGGUGGAUCCCUGCAUCCUCAACAACAAUGUGCAGUGAGCAUCUGGAAGAAAAGAAGCAGCUGUACCUACUUGUUUCUUUUCACCUCUCUUCCUGGGCUCGUACUUUUUUAGAGACUCAACAGUCUCUAUAGUGGGGUACAGGUCCACCCCAGCCUCUGACUCUCCAGUGUAGAAGGUGAUCAGCAGGCAGUCUCCUGGGCCUUAAAGGGUGCGCACUCGUCCUCAGCCAGUGAGAUGUUGUGAUAUGGGGUUUUUUGUUGAGUGGGUUUAAAAACAUACUAGAAAAAUUCAGGCCCAUCCCAUUUUCUUGGAUCUCUUUGAAAAUUGAGGCAUUUUCAGUAAUUUUGAAUAAGGGGUAGAAAUGGCCUUCUGGCAUGGUUUUCCCAUGGUUUUAUGGAGGGGAUUUUAGAUUGUUAUAGCAAUAGAUCUUGAACCUCUGCCAUGUGGAGGAGAGCCAGGAUAGCAAACUAGGAAAAUGAAAAGGGAAAAAAAUCAUGGCCAAAACUUUGGGAAAAGGAUGUUCUUAAAACUAUUGUUCCCCUUUGUUUGUACACUUAUAGAAAAAAAAAGAAAGCGAGAAAAAGAGAAGCCCUCCAGAGCUGAUUUGGUUUGGACUUUGUGGAGUGAGCUUGCCAUGUGAAUUAAAGGGAAGAAGCUCUAAGGUUGUCUUUGUUUAGAAAGUACUUUAAUCAGGCAUAAAGUAGUAGUAACUAUGCCCCACCAAAGGUCUUAAAAGCCAUUUUUAAAGCCUAUUGCACUGUGUUCUCUUGUUGGCAAACGUUUUCAUGCGGGAGAAUGUGUUUUUCUUUUCAUGUGACUCCUUGGAAUUGAUUCUAAGGUGAUGUUCUUAGCACUUUAAUUUGUGUCAAAUUUGAGAUUUUUUUACUUUCUCAAAUGUAAGCUGUGUCUGCUAUGUCUCUAGGAGUAAGCACGAUGACAAAAA